UGAAGGGUCUCCCAAAUGACCUUACCGAUGCAAAGUUUCGCGAACACUUUGCUGCGAAAGGCGAGAUUACCGACGCCAAGAUAAUUCGCACUCCUGAUGGCAAGUCUCGUCGUUUCGGAUUUAUCGGAUAUCGUACAGAACAACAGGCCAAAGACGCGUUAAAAUACUUCAACAAUACUUACGUGUACACCUCUAAAAUUAUAGUUCAAUUUGCAAUACCUGUAGACGAUCAGUCAUUGCCUCGUCCAUGGAGCGCCCACAGCGUUGGAUCAUCCGCUUAUAAAAGAAGACAUGUAACGGAAAAUACGCAGCCUGUAAAAAGUGAAACGACCAAACAGCAUGGAGGAAAUAGUAAAAGUGAUAAAGUUUCAGUCACAGAGGAUAAAAAACUCAAAGAAUAUCUUGAAGUCAUGCAGCCGCGAUCUACAUCUAAAGUAUGGGCUAAUGAUGACUCGAUGACAUUGACUGGUGCAGAGGAUAUGGUUGUAAAAGUUGGUAAGGAAGAUGAGUUAUACGAAGAUUUGCCCAAGAAUAAAAGUAAUCAUGCUCCGAGGGCAAAAAGGAAGAUCCCUGAGGAUGUUAACGACAACGUAGAGCAGGAACAAGACGAUGACGAGCAUUCGAACAAUGACAUCAUGGAUAGCGGUGAAACAAAUAAGGACUUGUCUUUGUCUGAUAUGGAUUGGCUCAAAUCAAAGAUGCGAAGGAAACUUGAUUUGGAUGAAAAGGAGGGUGACGAUGUUUCGGAAAGCUCAAGCGAAGGAGCCUCUGUUCUCUCAGAGAAUGGAUCAAAUCAUAGUUCGGCCAGUGAUCAAGCAGAUGGAUAUUCUGACUCUUCAGAACGAGUCGAUAAUGAUAUCGUUAAUGCAGAUGCAAGAGCGAAUAUGGCAAAAAAUGACAGAUCUCAGGAAAUUAUAGAAAAUAGCAGCAAGGCGACAACUUCAAACGAAAUGACAGUUCAAACCGAACAAAAUGUGCCCGCUGAAGAAACGAUAGCGGAAACUGGCCGACUGUUUAUUCGUAACCUCCCAUACGUCUGCACCGAAUCUGAUCUCCGCAACACUUUUAAUAAAUUUGGUCCACUUGCAGAGGUUCACAUGCCGAUUGACCGCAAUUCGAAGAAACCUAAAGGGUUCGCGUAUAUACUUUAUCAUAUUCCCGAACACGCUCCAGAUGCAGUGGCAGAGUCAAUUGCACAUAGGCUGAACGUUAAGAAAUCAGAUAUUCUUAAUCCCGAAGUUGAUAACAUGGCUGCUAGAUUGGCGUUGGCAGAGACUCACGUGAUACAAGAGACCAAAACAUUUUUGAAAGAAAAUGGGGUAUCACUAGACGCUUUUGCAAACAAGGAAAGAAGCGAUACUGUUAUUCUCGUAAAGAAUAUCUCUUUCAACACUACAGAAGACGAAUUAAAAGAGUUAUUUGGGUGGUAUGGAGAUCUUGGACGGGUUCUUCUUCCACCUGCUAAAACCAUUGCAAUAAUCGAAUUCCUACAUCCUACCGAAGCCAGAUCAGCAUUCACGAGUCUAGCGUAUCAAAAAUUUAAAAAUUUACCCUUGUAUCUAGAGAAAGCACCGGUCAACGUUUUCCUUACUACACCAGAGGCCACACAACCUGUUUCUGCCAGCGAUAUUGCUGAGCCAAACUUGGGAGAUGAUAAAGAGGAUUUAGAAGCAGAGGCAGUAGCUACACUAUUUGUAAAGAAUUUGAAUUUUAAUACUACUGAAGACGAGCUAAGAGAAGUAUUUAAGAAUGCACAAGGUUUGAAAAGCGUGAGGAUUAAGAUGAAAAAAGAUCCGAAAAAUCCGGAAAAGUAUUUGAGCAUGGGCUUUGGGUUUGUCGAGUAUGAUUCUGUGAAAAACGCAAAGAAUGCCAUGAAAGCUCUGCAGGGUUUUGUGCUUGAUGGUCAUGCGCUUCAGUUGAAGUUUUCUAGCAAGGGCGUAGACCCUGCUCAGCAAAGACGUGAAGAAGAUGCAGCAGCAAAGGCAAAGGCAGUGUCGACCAAGAUUAUUGUUAAGAAUGUUGCCUUUGAAACUACCAAGAAAGAUCUAAGGGAAUUAUUUGGUGCAUACGGUCAGAUAAAAUCACUCCGCAUUCCCAAGAAGUUUGAUGGGACGUCGCGUGGUUUUGCAUUCAUCGAGUUUUUGACCAAGCGCGAUGCCCGUAAUGUAAUGGAACAGCUAUGUCAUACACAUUUGUUGGGGAGGCAUCUUGUUUUAAAUUACGCUGAGGAGGAUAAGAACGUGGAAGAAUUAAGAGAGAAAGUAAGACGAGAGUAUGUAGGAGAGACUGAAAGCGGAAGACCAAAAAAGAAAAGCAGAAUCAACCUAGAAGAAUGGCAGAAGAGUGUCCAGGGUGAAGAUAUGGACGAAGACUAA